AUGCCACGAUUUUAUCCAGAACGAGAUUGUGACUUUUAUGUAGAGCGUCUCGUUGAUAACUAUCACGAUGCAAAUCCAUCAGUGUUGAGAAAGAAUCAAUUAAAGAAUCGCAUUCGAUGGUUUCACGAGCCAACGCAACAUGACUUAAACAAGAGUGUCAUUUAUUCUUGGGGCAGUGGCGAUAAAUUCAAAUCUAAUACAAACUUUAAAAGUGAUUAUUUCAUAAAAUCACGUUUACGAAGACGAUGCAAACUUCCUAUUGCUGGACGUCGUGGUUUGUGGAAAGUGACUCGAUUUGGAACAGCUGGAAUGUGCGUUUUGCCACUUCAUAAAUGGAAUUUUCAAGAAUGGCUCGAGGAGAGCUCGUUCAAGGGGAUAAAAGUAGAAGAUAAUUAA